AUAUUACAUACUUUUCUUGAAAUGAAUAACGGGGAGGUUGGAGGAUCUAGAGGUAGAGGCCGUGGUUGGAAUAAUCCCGAUAAGCCACCCCGUGAACUUCGCCGGCCCAAGAAUGUAAACGAGGAAAGCAAAGUUGAACUCUCAAAGUCAAAACUGUCAGCAGAAGCCAAGGAAUGGUAUCCUCCAAAUUAUGUUCCUCAACCUCCAGUGGUAUACUCAGAGCCCUAUAGAGUGCAGCGGUUUUCUUCUGUUCAAGACAGAAUCCGACAAGCACAAGAGCAAGAUUCUUAUAAUUUUGAUGAGAUGUCAUACUCACUUGAAGAAUCUGAUAAUAUGGAUUUAAGGGAGAAUAUUGCCAACCUGAUUACAGUUAUGUGUGAGAUAACAGUUGACCCGGGCAAAUUUGACACUUUGUGUGGAGCACUCGUCGAUUCAUUUAUAUAUACUCUAAAUGAUGUGAACUAUACUCGACCCCUUGUUGAAGCUAUUGUAAACCAGUCAAUUGCCGAAGCCAAUUUCCGUUACAAUGGUGCCCGUCUAUGCUCCAUGUAUGAUUCAGUGGUACCACAAGAAGACUCCACUUUCCGUGCUUGUCUUCUCGAGCGUUGUUCUACAGAAGAGAACAAAAUAAUAAGUGGAAUAGAAACGUCUGAAGAGAAUAUGCGGGGAUUUGCUAUGUUCUUAGCAGAAAUAUACACGCAACUUGAAGACAACCAGAGAGGCAGAAUAAGAUCAUUGGGAGAAAGCCUUUGUAAAGUUUUGUUACAUUUACUGGAUACAGAUAAGGAAGUUAAUAUAAAGGCAGUCUGUCAGUUGUUGAAACUUUCGGGGAUCGCGCUGGACGCGGACUGCCCGACGAGCAUGCAGGCGGCGUUCGAGCGGCUCAAGUACCGCUCGCAGCUGCCGUGCGUGCGGCGCGUGCUGGCGCUGCGCGCGGCGCGCUGGGGGCUCGCCGAGCCCGAGCCCGAGCCCGUGCGCGCGCCCGACACGCGCCGCCACGCGCCGCCCGCCGUGACAAAUUCGGAGCCGGAUGGCAUUGUUGGCGGAUACCUGGCGGACGGACAGUCUCUAACAUUAGAGGAGUGUAACUUCUUGCAGAGCAACUUGCCGACCAAGCCCGCAUCACUUGAUGAUGACAUCCUAGAGGAGUUGGAGAAUGAGGCGUGGGAUACCGGUAUGGACGCGGAGAUGCAGGCGGGAUACUUGGAGUUCCUCAAGAUGUCGAACCAAAUCAAGCGAUAACCGACGUGCCCUACGAUUCCGGAACAGACCAGAUUGCGUCUUUGUACUAGGACAAUUGUGAAAACUUGAAAAAAAUAUAUAAAAUCUUGCAAAACGAUAAAAAAGAAUUUCAGUGAAAGCUUAUUAUAAAUUGCAUCUAUUACAUAAAACAAUAGUUUUUCCAUGCCGCUGUAUAAGCAAUAUUAAAUUUAACGUAAGUUAUACAGUAAUGGUACCAUUUUAUCACAAUAAAUUAUUCAUAUUUUAAAAGAAUUUUACCUAGAUACUUAAAAUAUUAAGUAAGAAAUGUUAAGUGUUUGUCUAAAUGACGUCAUCAUUCGUUCUCUGUAGCUCGAAUAUAAUUAUAAUGCUUUCA